AUGGUUGAGCCUAUGGUCAUGGAGGGAGACGCCUCAUUCCAUCCCCCCAAAUACCCCAAGUCAUCCUUGAACCAGAAUUCGUUCUUCAACGCGUACCUCAUCUGCUCCUCUAUCUGCGCAAUCGCCGGUCUCAUUGUCGGUGCGGUCUCGCUCCACAAAGCGAAUGAGCUCAAAGCAUUUCAGUUCUCCCGAACUAUCACGGACUUGGACCGUACCUUUAAUAGCACGAUCUACGCUAUUACAAGCAAUAGCACACUCGGUCCAGCGUGCGAGAAGGCUCCUAUAGAGCUGAUCACAGGGCAAACGUCUAUCCCAGGUCAAUGUGUCACUGUCACUACCAGCGAUACAAUGUGGGUGACAAGGCUGGCCAUCAAUUGUGUACCUAUUGCAUAUAAGAGCGCAAACUGCACUGGAACUCAGAGAGAAAUUGGCGAUAUCACUGCUCCAUACUGUGUGGCUGCAGCUGGUGCAGGCAUGUUGGGCGGUGAUCAUGGUGAUUGGUUUGAAAGUGUCAAAUUAGUUUGCUCUUGA